AGAAACAAUAUGAAAAAAAAAGUCCAAAUCCGAAAUUAGCCCAAAAUUUUUAAGAUCCGAAAAUCAUCCUACUUUAAUUAACCGGACCUAAAAUCCAAUCGGAAGUUCUCCCAAAAUCUCAACAAAACCCUGUCGUGUCGCAGCCUCCAAAGACCCUCUAUGUCCAGCUCCAAUUCCAUCCACAGCAGUGCUAUGAAGUUCGCGGUGAAGGCAUGGAGCAACGGAAGAGCACGGGCAGGUGUGCUCCACCUGGACUGCUGCCCCACCCCCAUCGAUACACCUUCUCUUCUCCUCUCCACCCGUAAAGGCCUGCCCCUUUUUAUCUCUCCUGACCUUCUCCCUUCGCUUCCUUCGCCUGACUCUCAUCUCCUCCAUGUCAGCCCCCUUCACUUCUUGGAAGGCCUAUCCAUGACAACAAUCUCAAAGAUUGGAGGGCUUCACCAGAUGCUUGGUUUGCAUGAAUAUGGGUUUGCGGCUGUUCCAAGGGAUUCCAUUCAAUGCCUUCCCGAAGCUAAUAGCACAAACAAAGUUGGGGCGUCUUUCGAGACCCCUUGUGGUCGUCUUUUGAUUAAACCAGCAGAAUAUAUGGAAAUGAUAUCUUCCUUGAGGCCCGAGCUGUGGGCUACUUUGGCUGAUGAAGUGCCUGCAUGGGUGUCUGAUAAGAGGAACAAGACCUCAGUGGAUCGGACUAUCAAAUGGCUUGAUGAAUGCAUUGCAUUAAGCCCUACAGGUGGAGCUGUUUUUGGAGCUAUUGUUGGAGGUUCUAGUUUGGAAGAAAGGCAACGAUGUGCCCAAGAGGUAGCUAGGAGAAAUGUGUCAGGGCACUGUUCAUUUGUCGACAUGAGAUGAGAUGGAUUUGGGCGUGGAAUAUGUGUUUUUUAUGGCACUGGUUAUUCAGACUCAGAAAUGAACAAAGUGAGCAGCAGAGACAACAAUGGGUUAUUGCUAGGUUAUGUAGACACUAAAUUGACAAAAUGACAAAAAAAUGAGGUAUAAGAGGAAGCAUUUGCUCUGGGAAAAUAGAAGGAGAGAAGAUCAAGAAAAGAGAAAAAAAGAGGGAAAACAAGAAGUAAAUGAAAUUAUUAUAGAGAUGAGAAGGAAGACUGCAAGAUUGUGAAAGCAGCUCCAUAGUGCACCUAGUUCUUGUCUUACACCACCACAUGCUUCUGGCCUUUUUCCAUUUGUUUUGAUAAAAAAGGGUGAUUGUUCCUGAUUUGGGGAAUGCUGCACUUUGAUAAAAAAGAAAAGAGAACGAAGACUACAAUGACAAGAAGAUUCUAGAUAAGUCAUGAGUGCACAUGGUUGGCUUUUGUGACCCCCUUUAAUUAGAUCUUUUUUAUUUAAUCCUUUUAAUUAGCUUUGGUUUUAUUUUAAGAAAGAAAAAACACAAUUAGAACAUUAGAAUAAUAUCAAUUAAAUUAUGUUACAUCUAAACAAGGUAGAAGUAGACAGAAGCCUGGAAGCAGAGAGGCAGCUAUACAACUUCUGAAAUUUCAUCCAAAAAUAGAAUAUAACAGAAGGCAGACAAACAUAGAUAGACGGGAUUUGAGAUAGGUGAUUUUGUUUAUGUCAAACUCCAACCUUACAGGCAGAUAUCAAUGGUCAACAAGCUAUGUCUGAAGCUUGUUGCUAAGUUCUUUGGUCCUUACAGGGUGCUGGAAAGGGUUGGAAUUACCAGAUAGUGCUUGCAUACAUCAUGUGUUUCAUGUAUCCAAGCUGAAAAAGCAUGUGAAAAACACAAUUCAAUUUUAAUAUGUUGGAUAGAGAUGGAACUCUGGUCAAGGAACCUAUCACAAUUCUAGAUAGAGAGAUGAACAAGAAGAGAGGCAGGCUGGUUACAGAGGUUCUGGUGCAGUGGAGCAAUAGUUUUCCAGAGGAUGCAACUUGGGAGGUUUUAUAUGAUUUACAGAAGAAAUUUCCUUCUUUUGAUCCUGGAGCUCAAGGAUCCUUUGAGGGAUGGUGUAUUGUUACAAGCUGAAUGUGGUAUUGGGAGUGAAUGCGCCUAGUGGACUGUUAGAUUGUUAGUAGGUCCGGUCCAAUAAAUAAAGAUUAAUUUAAAUGUCAGUUAAGUUAGUUUUUAAUUGUGGGUUUAGUUAUUCUUGCUGAUAUCAGAGUCUAUUGAGGAUAUUUAGCUGGUACAAUUCAUUGUAAUGACAAAAUUUAUGCCAGUUAAUUGAAUGCAUAGAUUCCUCUCUCUGCUCUCUUCUCUCUCUUUCUUCUUCUUUUCUUCCUUGGUAGGGAGUCUGUUACUCUUAGGUGAGUUAAAAUCUGGUUUACUGGGAUUGGAUUUGUAAGUAAUGGCUGGGGCUGCAUUUUUUGUACGUUGGCUGUAAGCUAGGAGGGUGGUUUAGGUGUAGGAAGCAGGGGUGAGGUAACAGUUUUGGAUGGAUUAGGGAUAAUGGUUUGUAAAAGUGGUGCUGUUAAAGGUGUUUUGUAAGAAUUGAGGCAUUUCUAGGUAAGUUGAAUAUGAGGGACUUCCUUUGCAUGGCUAGAUUAUAAGCAUGGGUUAGAACAUCCUUAUUGGUUUUGAUAUCUCAGGGUUCAAUUUACUAAUAAAUCUGCUAAGAGCAUUUUCAUCAGACAACUGCAUCAUAUUUAAUAAACAUUCUAGUUCUUCAUAGUAAGACUGCAGAAUGAGUUUGCUUCAAACUGGCAAGCUCAAACAUUGGGUGAGGAAAUUCAUACACAUCAACCUAGCAUUCAUUUCAAUAAUAUCUGUCCCCAUAAAGUUUCAGUAAGCUUACCCUUGUUCGUCAAACCUUGGUGCCAUUGUAAAGCCUUUCCAUCCAAAUGCAUUAUCACCGCUCUGACUAUAUCAUGGUCUAUCAUUUGGUCAGUUUCAAAAAACUGCUUGAUCUUGAGGAACCACCCUUUGAAAUCAAUCCCAUCAAAGUGUGGACACUCCACUUUAGAGUACUUGGUGUGAGUAACAGCCACAAUAGGAAAAUCCAUGUGAAAUGGUCUGUUUCACUCCACUGAUUUCCAAGAUCCUUUUUUGCUUCAUCAUUGAAGAGUUAGCUUCCCCAGAAUCUCUAGUUUCAACCAACUUUGAAGAACCAUCCAAUCUUGCUACUGUCUGAUCGAACAUAUUUUACAUCUCUGUUUCCAUUUUGUCCAAGCCAGCAUGCAUUUCAGUUUUGCUUCCAUAUUUUCAAGUCCAACCUCCUUUUGUUAAUGAGUCAUCACACCAUCUGCCAUGCCAGAAUUUUCACCUCUGAUACCAAUAGUAUGAUCCAAAUUGAACAAUAUAAAAAUAGAACGAGUAACUUUAGCAGAAAUGCAAAAAAGAAGACGAGAGGAAGAGAGGACAGCAGAGAGAGAAUCUAUGGAUUCAAUUCAUUGGAUAAAAUUGUGUGUGGUUAUAAUUAAUUGUACCAAUUAAAUAUCCUCAACAAACUUUGACAUGGCAGGAUAACUAAUCCCACAAUUAGUAACUAAUUUAGCUGAUAUUUAAAUUA